CUUUUCUUAAUCAUCUAUUAUCAAAUAGCCCCUUUACCACUUGAAUUGAAGCUCUUUAUUGUAACAGACUACAACGAAGAUGAUCCCUCCUAACAUCCAUUACCUGACAACGCAAGUUGCGAAGCAAGCGAUCCAGAAUACACCCCCUCAUAUUCAAUGCCUCCUUCGGUCUGGACAACUCCCAUCCUCCAACGAUCUAUCUUCCAUCCAGCUAUCACUCCAAGAGAUGCAGACCGAGAUCCAGCAUCAUCAAAAGAUAGUCGAAGAGUCGACGACUCGCAUCUUGCUGCUAGAAGAAACCUCCAGACGUUACCAUUCCAUUUUGUCACCGAUUCGUCGAAUUCCAGCAGAGAUCCUCUCUUUCAUCCUCACCCUUGCAGUCAAGAAGAAUCGGUUUGGGCCACCGGGAUAUUCGCGAUCGCAUGCAUCGCUUUUAAGCAGCGUUUGCGCCUUUUGGCGUUCAGUGACGUUGGAUGACCCUUACAUUUGGGCGACUAUUGUCAUUGACAGAGAAUUCCAAGAAAAACGACAUCCGCUUUCCUUUGACCGGCUUAAAACUCAUCUCGAACGCUCUAAAGGUACAUCUAUCACCUAUGAGUUCGAACUCCCGAGCAAAUUUUCUCCUUCAAUCAUUGCUCCUAAUGAAGACGGGGUCACUUCCACUCUCUUUGGAACAGAAGAGCAGCCCAGACAGGUCGGAACCUUGAAGUUUUCGAAUGUGUCAUCUUCGAGGACUAAGAGUCCUUGGUCAGAGGCUCGGAACAUCGUGGAAGUGGCGGCGUCACGUCUCUCGUUUCUCCACACCUUGCAUUUCUGGGACAGGUCUGACGUGCAUCCUGUGACGAAGAGCGACCUGACGUUUGGAAAUGAAGCUCUCGGAAAACACAUCACCUCCUUGUACCUCCACCCCGUCACACUUUCAGGUGCUAUAUUCGCCUUGAAAUCCUUCCCAAAACUCUCUUUUGCCACUUUUAUCAUAGGGGCAGUGGCAAAGGAGGACAGUACGUCCGCCAAUCGCAAUCCCCCCCUUGAACCCCGACGCGAACCCAAUAACCUUUUAUCCCUACCCUCCUUAUUGUCACUUACUUUGGCAACCUCGACUGAGAUUCCAAUUGAUAAAUGUAUUAACCACAUGGCUAUCCUCUUGAGGCGAUUCGGCACCCCAUCUUUAUCCACUCUCUCCAUUUCGUUAUCCAGGUCUUUAAUUUCCCAGCAAUUCGACACUCUUCAACUCAUUGACGGAUUGGAAUAUUUCUUCGGUCGUACAACGGCACUUCGUCAUCUCACUAUCCGUUGUGUUGAUUGGACGGAGCAGUUCACGAAAGGAUUGCUUCAAUAUGUUCCCUCCACUGUGACGGAUCUGGGGAUUGGUUUCGCACCGGGAGUAGCACCUCUUUUUGAGCGCCGAAUUGUGAAUGGUCUGUGUUGGCCACCGAAAGAUAAAGAUGGGGAUGGGGAUGGUGGUGAAGGGGUGUUGCCAAAGUUGACGCAUUUGAGGUUGUUCAUGGGGGUAUCGGGUCUUGAUGAGUGGGGGCUUUUAAGCGAGAUGAUUCAAUCGAGGGUGUUGAAGAUUCCUGGAUCUGGAGCUACUUCAGCUUUAGGGACACCUCGUACGCCUCUGAAAAGCGUUUAUGCGGAUGUGAAGAGUAGUGAUCCGCAGAUUGCGAUUGAGGCUCGGAAAUUACGGGAUGAAGGGGUACAUGUUUUUGGGUCGAAUCUGUGAAUAGUUUUGGACUUGAUAUAUUUGUUCCGUUGAUUCGUUUCGACUAGUUAGUGUAUAAGUAGCG